AUGCCGGUGGCGGCAAGGGCGAGCUCGAGCUCCCUGUCGGCCCCGACCAUGGCACCGCGCGCUCGCCCUCUUACACCGCGCACGACCUGCACCUGCACCGCGCACGUGUCGGCGCACAAGCACGCGUUCGGCGUCGACGGCACGCGCGAGUGGCUGGGACGCCGGGCCGCGUGCCGCACGAGGGGGUUCGACGCGCACUGCGUCGUGUUUGGCGAGCGCGAGCGCGAGGGUGUCGGACUCGGUGUCGCGGCCUGA